AUGCCUUCGAAAAGUAAUAAGAUACCUGAAAUUGUUGUAAAAACAAGAAGCACUGUUAAAGAAAUUCAGCAACUACCAACUACAAUUCAAAAAAAAAAGACUAGCAUCUUGACUAAAAAAAAGCCACCCACUAAAAGAAUUCGUAAAGCGAAAAGACACCUGCAAGAUGAACCACCAAACACCUUAAAGAACCAUAUAACGCCUUUGAAAAGUAAUAAGACACCUGAAAUUGUUGUAAAAACAAGAAGCACUAUUAAAGAAAUUCAGCGACUACCAACUACAAUUCAAAAAAAAAAGACUAACGCCUUGACUAAAAAAAAGCCACCCACUUUUGUAAAAGAAUUCACACCUGGAAUUGUUGUAAAAACAAGAAGCAUUGUUAAAGAAAUUCAGCGACUACCAACUACAAUUCAAAAAAAAAAGACUAGCACCUUGACUAAAAAAGCUACACACCUUUGUAAAAGAAAUACUUUGUAA